GCAGCGCGGGGUGGGUUGCGUCGCCCCGUGUUGCGGCAUGUCCAAGACCCUGCGGAAGAAGCGGCACUGGCUGAGCAAGGUGCAGGAGUGCGUGGUGUCCUGGGGCGGCCCAGCGGGCCCCGACCCCGAUCUGCUGCGCGGCGGCGCCGAGCGCGGCGAGUUCCCGUACCUGGCGGGCCGGCUGCCCGCGGGCAGCGAGGGCGCGCCGGGCCCCGCGCUGCUCUCGGGCAAGGCGCCGGCGCCGGGGGACGUGCUGCUGGAGGUGAACGGUACUCCGGUGAGCGGCCUCACGCACCGCGACACGCUGGCCGUGGUGCGGCACUUCAGGGAGCCCGUGCGCCUCAAGACCGUGCGCCCAGGAAAAGUCAUCAACAAGGACUUGCGCCACUACCUAAGCCUUCAGUUCCAGAAGGGCUCGAUAGACCACAAACUUCAGCAAGUGAUCAGAGACAAUCUCUAUUUGAGAACCAUCCCUUGCACUACAAGGGCUCCCAGAGAUGGGGAGGUCCCUGGGGUAGACUAUAAUUUCAUUCCUGUUGAGCAGUUUAAAGCAUUGGAAGAAAGUGGAGCCUUACUAGAAAGUGGAACAUAUGAUGGUAAUUUUUAUGGUACUCCAAAGCCUCCAGCAGAGCCCAGCCCCUUUCAGCCUGAUCCAGUGGAUCAAGUUCUUUUUGACAAUGAUUUUGAUACUGAAUCGCAGAGGAAAAGAACCACAUCCGUCAGCAAAAUGCAAAGGAUGGAAAGUUCUCUCCCUGAGGAGGAGGAAGAGGAAGAAAAGGAAGCAGUUAAUGGCAGUGGAGGGAUAGAAAACAAAGAAAAACAUUCAGAUUCUCCUGACUGGAUGAAACCUGUUCCCAGCUACAACCAGACAAGCAGCAACAUGGACUUCAGAAAUUAUUUGUCAAGGGAUGAGACCCUGGAACCACUACCCAAGAACUGGGAAAUGGCCUACACGGAUACUGGCAUGAUCUACUUCAUUGAUCACAACACCAAGACAACGACAUGGCUUGAUCCCCGACUCUGUAAGAAGGCCAAAGCUCCUGAAGAUUGUGAAGAUGGAGAACUUCCUUAUGGAUGGGAGAAAAUAGAAGACCCUCAAUAUGGGACAUAUUACGUUGAUCAUAUUAACCAGAAAACUCAGUUUGAAAACCCAGUAUUGGAAGCCAAAAGGAAAAAACAGCUAGGACAUACUGAUGCUGGCCCUUCCAAAUCAGGACCAGGAAGGUCUCUCUUCACUCGAGAUCCAUCCCAGCUUACUGGAGCACUCAUAAGAACAUCCCUGAAAAAAAGUACUAUGGGAUUUGGCUUCACAAUCAUCGGAGGGGACAGGCCUGACGAGUUUCUUCAGGUGAAGAAUGUGUUACAAGAUGGACCCGCUGCGCAAGAUGGAAGAAUUGCUCCAGGUGACGUCAUCGUGGACAUAAAUGGAAGCUGUGUCCUUGGCCAUACCCAUGCAGAUGUUGUCCAGAUGUUUCAGCUCAUUCCCAUCAAUCAGUAUGUGAACAUGACUUUGUGUCGUGGGUACCCUCUUCCUGAUGACAAUGAAGACCCCGUGGUGGAUAUAGUGACAGCCACGCCUGUCAUUAAUGGUCCGCCGGUGGCCAAGGGAGAUGCUUCCAUGUCCAGCCAAGAUUUAGUAGCGGCAACAGUUGUGUUGGACCAGAAUGGGAAGGUGUUGGUCAACGGUCGCCUGAACGGCCCUUCUGUGGAUUCAGCGGAGCAAAGGGUCUCCUUUGCCUCCUCAGGAGGCUCUCAGCCAGAGCUGGUCACCAUCCCUCUGAUCAAAGGGCCUAAAGGCUUUGGGUUUGCCAUUGCAGACAGUCCCACAGGCCAGAAGGUGAAGAUGAUUUUGGACAGCCAGUGGUGCCAAGGCCUACAGAAAGGGGAUGUCAUCAAGGAGAUUUGCCAUCAGAAUGUGCAGAGCCUGACCCACUUGCAGGUGGUGGAGGUGCUCAAGCAGUUUCCAGUGGGAGCAGAGGUGCCCCUGCUUAUCUUAAGAGGAGGUCCACCUUCCCCUACUAAAACUGCCAAAGGAAAAGACAGGCAGGACAGUUCCGGGAGUUUGGAAGCUGUCAGCGAUACCAUUCCGCAGCCGAUGCCCUUCCCGCCCUCUGCUGUGCGACCAGGCUCUCCUAAACUGGACCCGUCUGAAGUCUACCUGAAGUCUAAGACAAUUUACGAGGACAAACCUCCAAACACAAGAGAUUUAGAUGUUUUCCUGAGAAAACAAGAGUCAGGCUUUGGUUUCCGGGUGCUUGGUGGGGACGGACCAGAUCAGCCUAUUUAUAUUGGAGCCAUAAUCCCAUUGGGAGCAGCGGAAAAGGACGGGAGGCUGCGUGCAGCGGAUGAGCUGAUGUGCAUUGAUGGAGUCCCUGUGAAAGGGAAGUCACACAAGCAAGUUCUGGAUUUAAUGACCAGUGCUGCACGAAACGGACAGGUGCUGCUCACUGUCCGGAGGAAGAUCUUCUUCAGUGGGGAAAAGCAGGCAGAGGAGGAGGAGCCGCACCCUGUCCUGACACAGAACAGCUCUCCUCGGCUGAACCGUGCUGACUUUGCCAACCAGCCAUGCCCGGAGGUCUACGACGUCCGUCUGCAGCGGAAGGAGAACGAAGGAUUUGGCUUUGUCAUCCUCACCUCCAAAACCAAACCUCCUCCUGGGGUGAUUCCUCACAAGAUCGGGCGGGUUAUUGAGGGAAGCCCGGCUGACCAGUGUGGGAAGCUGAAGGUGGGUGAUAGAAUCUCAGCGGUAAACAGCCAGUCCAUUGUGGAGCUCUCCCAUGACAGCAUUGUGCAACUCAUCAAAGAUGCAGGCAACGUGGUGACCCUCACAGUGGUGGCUGAGGAAGAGCAACGUGGUCCUCCAUCAGGAACAAACUCCGCCAGGCAGAGCCCAGCCCCACAGCACCGACCACUGGGAUUGGCACCGAUCAACCCUGACAGGGGAGCUACAGAAGGUGAAGCUGGAAAAGAAGUUUCUAAUAGUUACCGGCUGUCCUGGCCUGAGCACAAGCACAUGGCACAGUUGGAUGCUGCUUCAGGUGUUGGCAGCCGUCAUUCCCAGAAUGCUGGCUGUUUCCCAGUGGAGUUGGAAAGGGGCCCUCGAGGGUUUGGAUUCAGCCUCCGAGGAGGAAAGGAAUACAACAUGGGCUUAUUCAUCCUCCGUCUGGCUGAGGAUGGGCCGGCAGUCAAGGAUGGGAGAGUCCACGUUGGUGACCAAAUUGUGGAAAUUAAUGGAGAGCCUACCCAAGGAAUCACUCACACACGAGCCAUUGAGCUGAUUCAGGCUGGAGGAAAUAAAGUUUUGCUGCUGCUGAGACCAGGGACUGGACUGAUACCAGAUCACAGUUUGGCUCCUUCCAGUCUGUGUCCCUACGUGAAACCUGAGCAACAUUAAGGGCUUUCAGUGCUUUUCUUGGUUUUUCCUUAAAGACUUGGUGAUUGGGAUAGCUGCAAUCCUGCUUCAUCAAAUGUAAUAUAUGAAGAACAGUCACCAUUAUUAUCUUCAUCUUCCCAUUCUGCUUUCC